ACUCUCUCCCCCAUCCGCGCACGGUCACAGCUCGGCGCGCUGACUAAUUGUGUGAAAUUUCGGGGUCCGCCCGUUCCGAAUCGACCGCGUUCAUCACGAGAGCCGUUUUUUAUUUUAAUUCUUUUUUUAUCCUCCUCAGUGUCUGUGUGCCAACAAAAGGAUGCGGUGCGAGGCUGAACGGGUUGCAGCACGGUGAGCGAUGCGGGAGGGAGCGGGGAGGUGGUACCUCGCGCGGCGGCCCCUCCUCACGCGCCUGGCCGCCGCCGCUCUACUCAGCGGUACCUUCAGCUGCGUCUUCUUCAUCUACCUGACCGGAGAGAGGGAGUCCGCACUCUUCAAGGCGCUGAAGGGAGGAGGGAGAGGGCUGAAGACGUGGAACGGGUCCGAGACGCAAGGAGGGAAUGUCUUAAGGGAUGGAAGACAGGAGACGUGGCUGUCGUCCGGAGAGACAGAGAAGGGUAAGACAUGUGAGAAGAAGAAAGACUUUGUGUUCGUGAAGGUUCACAAGGCGGGAUCCACCACCACAGCCUGUAUCUUCCAACGGUUCGGCUACCGACAUGGGGCUACGUUUGUCUUACCAAGGAACCACAAGAGCGACAUCGGGUGGCCCGACCUGCUGAAGAUGGAGGACCUCAUUCCCUCGGCAGGGGGCGCUUUUAACAUCCUGACGGACCACAUCGUGUACGACCGGCGCCUCACCGACCACCUCAUGACCCCUCGCGCCGUCUACCUCACCAUCUUACGCCAUCCUCUCGACCAUCUCAAGUCUGUCUUCAACUGGUUCCACUUACCGCACGAGUACCAACUGGAACACUCUCACAACCCCAUCGCGACUUUUCUGGAAAAUCCGGAGAAGUACCAAGACCCUUACGUCACCAGCCGCCAACACAGGGAUCCGUUUUCCCUCACGAAAAACUUCAUGUCGUUCGAUCUAGGCUACCCCAUGGGGCUUACGGACGACCAGACAGCCAUUCAAAACUUCAUCAACCAGCUAGACAAAGAGAUGUUUCUAGUGUUAAUCUUAGAACACUACAUGGAGUCACUGGUUCUCCUGAAGAGGCUGAUGUGUUGGAGAAUACAGGAUAUAUUGUACGACCUGAAACCUAAAAACCAGAGACAGUACGCAUACAGGACAAUGGAGCUACCAGAAAAGUACAAGAAAAAGCACCAACAGUGGAGUAACGUAGAUUAUGCUUUGUACAAUCAUUUUAAUAAGUCUUUAUGGAACAAAAUCAGCCAACAAGGGGACGACUUCACAAGAGAGGUUGAACAUUUUGAUAAGGUUGUUCAGAAAGUAUCGUUGUACUGUAGGACAGUGAGCGCUCCUGUACAGGGCAUCGCUCCGAACUUGACUUUCCCAAAGUCUUCUUGGGAUGACGGAUUCACCGUUGAUCCCUUCUUCUGCACCAAGCUUAAGAUGCUUUGGCAAGACUGGGAGUACGUCUUGAAGAAAACGCACAAGCUGCCGAGCAACGUCUCACAAUCCGUCAAGAACACUAUUUCUUACCACCCUGUAUCAACUCUUACAACAAGAGACCUUUUAAAAAUCUUCCAAAUCACCGCAGGUCCUGAACUCAAGAUAGCAGGGCAAACUAAAGCAGGGUCUUAUGUGAAGAGUAGACCCAUGAUUGUGUACAGGAAACCUGUAAAGCGUUAUAUACCUAAAGGGAUACAGGACGCCAAUGUGGUGUAUCAAGUAAAGCCGGGUUUCAACCCAAAGUUUCAUCAUGAAACAAGGUGGAACAACCAGUAUAUCGUUGUCCACAGGGACAGACCUAUUAACCAGAGCCAAGGUACCCCGAAGGAAAACAGGGUUUGAUAAACUACACAUAGCUAAUAAGUCACAAAAUGUGAUUCAGUGGAUAGCAGUGUAAUAAUGUAUCUCUGUUCUAGUAGAUCUUAGGACUCAGGUUUGGUAUUAGACAAUUGUAAAAUGUGUCCAAGACACAACGUAAACACGAAAUUUCUCUAAUUAUUAAAGAGCUUUUUGACAAAACACCAUCAUUGUAACUGCUGCCAUGUUGGUGUUUCUAUUUGCUGAAACGCACCUCAAAUGUUUCAAACAUUUAAACUAAAUUAAAGAUCUGCUGUCCCGCUGAAAUAUACUGGCAAAAAAACAACAUACAGAUACCAGAAGAAUUCUCAUAGAUUUGCCAAUAAAACACAGAAAGGCUAUGUACAAGUUUGGAACAAUUGAAAUGCAAAUAAGGACAGCAGUAUUGCAGUCAGUACCUGUCUGCUUUGUUGAGAUGGAAAGUGAGUAAAAAA